AUGCUUGCCGUGCAGCGGUCCCCGCCCGCGCCGACGCGCUUGCUGCCCUGGUCUCUGCCGAGUGACACCUGGGCCUCGCCACCGAGAGGUAUUGGUUUCGUGCCGGUCGAGUCACCGCCGCGCACCGUUCAGGAGUACGUCAUGCAAGCAGCGAGGCCCUCGGCGCCGGAGCCGCAACCGGUGCUCGACGCGCCGUCGCACGACCUCCGCGAGGGCAGCGAUGAGGUGGACGCGGCCGCCGUCGCCUUAAGGCAGCUCGAGUCCAUCGUCCAAAUGCCCGAGCCGCCGCCGCCGAAGGCGCUCACGCGACAGAAUUCUGCGCACGUGGUCGAGAAAUUCCGGGAACGCGGCGACGUGAGCCGGGAGGAGAUCACCGAGGCCAUGCGCGAAGAAAAGCACACGCAGGCGUCGUACGGGCAGCUCGGGGGCAUGAUGUCGGGCCUGCUCGGUCCCAACACGUUCCGCGCCGACUACGCCACUACGCGGGUUGCAGGGCGGAGCCGGUGCAAGAAGUGCCGCAAGCUGUUCGCCGCGGGCGACGUCCGCGUCGGCAAGCGGCCGCCGCGCGUGCGCCAGGACGUCCCGGCCGUGCGCGUCCACUGGUACCACCCCGCCUGCAUCUUCAAGUCGUUUGAGCGUGCGGCCUACAAGACGAAGACCCUCGAACGCGUCGGCGACGUCGAGGGGUUUGACAAUCUGCAGGACCCGGACCGCGCAGACCUCGCGGCGCGGAUUGCCGCCUGGAGCGCGCGCCGUGCGGCGCAAUUCGCGCACUACAAUCCGAAGAAAGGCAAAGGCAAGAAACGGAAAGUAACGAGCCUGCCCGACAAUUUGCCGUCGAUGGUCGAUGACGAGGCGGGCUUCCGCGCGGCCUGCGGCCUCCUCGCCGCGGGCCUCGAGGCCGAUGCGCCGCUUUCGAAGAAGGCAGGAGUCCUCGGCUUCCUCGCGCGGAAGAAGCGGCGCUCCGACCCGGUACCCUUGCCGAGCGCCGAGCGCCGAUCUGCGCGCGCACGGACGCCGAAGGUGAUCUACGACGCCCCGGACAGUCGAUGCCCGGCAAAAGGGGGGCCGGGCUGCUGCCCGGCCAGGGCUAAUAAUGCUCGGCCGAGCGCCGAGGCGCUCAAGCUGCGGGAGGAGCUCGAAUCCUUGAAGAAGGAGAACGCGAAGCUUAAGGCGCCCGCCCUCUGCGCCGAGGACGCGUCGCUCCUCGACGCGCUCCUCUAG